AUGGAAACCUCAACUUUAAUUUUACCCAGUGACUAUUACCUUAAUAGCACUUUGAAAAGGCAGUUGGUUACUGAAGAAAACAGAGCAACAAAUUCAACUUUCAUUUUUCAUUACCAUGUAAGCCACGUUCUUCUGGGUUUGGUUCUUGGUACCGUGUCUUUGCUGACUGUGGUAAUGAACAUCUUAGUCCUGUAUGCUGUUAAAAAGGAGAGAACUCUGCACACAGUUGGGAAUUUGUAUAUAGUCAGCCUGUCAGUGGCAGAUCUGAUUGUCGGUGCAUCUGUAAUGCCCCUCAACAUUGUAUAUUUGUUGGAGAACAAAUGGAUAUUUGGACAAGUGGUUUGCCGGUUUUGGUUAGUUAUGGACUAUGUGGCCAGCACUGCUUCCAUCUUUAGCCUUUUUAUUUUGUGUGUGGAUCGAUAUCGUUCAGUACGGCACCCACUCAAAUAUCUAAAAUAUCGAACCAGGGCUAGAGCUAGUGGGAUGAUUUCCGGUGCCUGGCUACUGUCAAUGACCUGGGUUAUCCCCAUACUGGGCUGGCAUUCAUUUGGUGCUGUAGAUUCAAAGCCUAAAACAGAAAAUACAUGUGAAACUGAUUUCCAGUUUGUCACCUGGUUCAAAGUUCUCACUGCUGUCCUUAACUUCUACGUCCCCUCUUUAAUGAUGCUGUGGUUUUAUGUACAGAUCUACAUGGCUGUGAGGAAACAUUAUCGGCAAAACGGAAUCAUAAAUGAGUCAGUCCAGUCUUCAUCUGUCAGGAUUGGUUUUGCACAACAUAGCAGACACAAGACUGAACAAAAUGAAAAUACUAUCCAUGAGUUAUCCCAUGGGGAGGCUUUAUUAGAUCAGUAUAGCUUAGAGCAGCCUCACGAGGCAAAAUAUAUCACAGAAACCCGGGAUGAAAUGAAUCAGAACAAACAUUGCUACCACCCAAACUUAUUCACUGUUCCACAUAAUCUGGAGCUGCCAUCAACUAAAAUUUUUAUGAGAGAAAUGGAAGCCCAACGUCAGUCUGCUUCCAGAGUUUUAGAGAAUGGCACAAAAGAGAGGGAGGCUACCUCAGAUACAGAGACGUCUUUAAAAUUGACAUGCUUACCUUCUGGCAUUCUGCACAGCCAACCAGAUGAUGCCAAAGUCAAGAAAAUGUUUGUUUCAGAAAAUGACUGCAACGUAAUAGUGCCAAACUCCAUUGCAGGCAUGCCUGAGACAACUGACACCUCUGACGUGCGGACAUUCACUACUGCCUUAGACAAAGACGCAGCGCUCUCUCAUUCAAGUUCUGCUCCCUCACCUUGGCUUCACAAUGACAACCCUAGAGUGGAUUCAGUCAAUAACCUAAAGCAGUUGUGGCAAAAGGUCUGUACUAACUCCAAGCAGUAUGUUCAGAAUCUUCGCUUAAAGAAAGAAAUAAAAGCUGCCAAGCAGCUGGGUUUCAUCAUGGCAGCCUUCAUGAUGUGUUGGAUCCCAUAUUUUGUGACAUUCAUGGUCAUGGCUUUCUGUAAGACAUGCGUUCAUCACAACUUGCACAUGUUCACAAUCUGGCUGGGUUACAUAAACUCUACAUUAAACCCUUUAAUCUAUCCCCUGUGCAAUGACAAUUUUAAAAAGACUUUGAAAAAUAUCCUUCAUAUUAAGUCUUGA